GCUUUGAGGCUAAUGCCCAACACCUGACCAGCUUAUUCUUCUGAGUCUAUUAUCAGCUUAGGGACCAAAGACAUCUGCUCCCUGCUCCUGGCUGGGAGAUCUGAAGGAGUCUUCAAACAGAACAGUGCAGACACAGAGGACGGCGGCUCGAUGGGUUUCUGAAUACUUCCAGCACUGAGAGGGGGAGCCCCUCAUCCACACAGGGCAGAAUGGCUCAGGAUAUGACAGAGAAGGAACUGCUGAAAAUGGAACUGGAUCAGCUGAAGAAGGAGGUAAAGAACGAGAGGCAAAUGGUCUCCAAGACCGGCAAAGAGCUCAAGGAGUACAUUGAAUCCAUGGCAGGAGAGGAUCCACUGCUGAAAGGUGUCCCUGAGGACAAGAACCCCUUUAAGGAGAAGGGCGGCUGUACGAUAAGCUGACAUCCUUCCUCCUCCUGCACCGCCCUGCUUGGGCACAGAGCCAUUCCCAUGCUCAAGCCAAGACUGUCAGA